GAAUUUCUUCAAGGAAAGCAGAGGGAAUUUCUCAAAGAACAAAGCAGGAGAGAACAGAGACAGAACCAAACCAAACGUAACAAAGUCUCCUGGCGCCCCUCUCUGGUCUCAGGUGCAAGGAAAAGCAAAAAAAACAGCGAACAAGCUUCCACUUCCGACACUGCGUAAGAAUCUAUACCUAUAUAUUCUCGCUCCCUUCAACUCUCCCUCUCAAUUCCUUUGAAGUUCAAAAUUUCUCCGUCUUUCGUUUCAUUUCCAUCGUUUUUCCCAAUCUGAUAACCCAUACCGGCAUAAAUUUUGCUUUCACAAUCUGUACGUUCUUUCGUAGGUUUCAUUGUAUGGUUUAACAAGCACUUGCUAUCUGUGUCAUGAAUUAGGGUUUUCUCAAACCAUUGUUUGGCCGCACAUCUACUGCUUCACUUGCAAAAUCAGGGGAUUUUCAAGUUUUUGGGUACUUACCCUUUUGUCUGGUACUUGAAAUUCGCGAAGAUUUUGAUGCAUCUGAUCUUGAUUGAUUUUGGGGGUUUAUUGGAAUCAGCUCGAGCUCUUUAUUGAUUUUGUUUUGGGUUUUGGUCGAGUAAUUUCAGCUAUGAAUUGGGGAAUUUAGGAUUUUUCUGGGUGGACUAAGUCGAUUAGCUAGCGAUGUCUGUUAACAAUAAUAACCCGCCCAAGAGCAUGGGGGCCUCUUCGUCACCUUUUGGCAAUGCCGGUAUGCCCACAAACCCUGCGUUUGCGCAAUCACAAGCCCAGAUUGCGGCUGGCUUUCAGAGUCAGUUUCAGCUGUCCCAAGCGCAGGCUAUGGCCCAGGCUCAGUCGAAAGCUCAAGCGGCCCACGCCCAAGCUCAAGCGGCUCAUGCUCAAGCACAAGCACAAGUCGCGCACGCGCACUUCCAGGCUCAGUUACAAGCUCAAGGGCUUUCGCUCAACCAGAGCCAUACAGCGGGCAUUGGUAAUUUGGGGGCAUCAUCACCCUCCAUGUCUACACCCGGUAAUCUAAGUGCUAAGCGGAUGCCGCCAAAAACUCCGAUCCGCCCUCUUGGCGUUUCCCCUACCAACAUGGUAUCCCCCUUGAAAACAAUGGAACUGUCAUCUGCGGCGCGGAGAAAGAAACAGAAGCUUCCCGAGAAGCAGCUUCAAGAUAAAGUGGCAGCGAUUCUUCCUGAGUCUGCUCUGUACACCCAGCUUCUUGAGUUUGAGGCCCGCGUUGAUGCUGCUCUGGUAAGAAAGAAAGUUGACAUUCAAGAGGCUCUUAAAAAUCCUACCCAUGUGCAGAAAACCCUCCGUAUUUAUGUUUUCAACACUCAUGCAAACCAGAUUCGCACCAUUCCAAAGAAGCCAAAUGCUGAGCCCCCUACCUGGACGCUUAAGAUAGUUGGAAGGAUUUUGGAAGAUGGGGUGGAUCCGGAUCAGCCUGGAGUGGUCCAAAAGUCGAACCCUUCAUACCCAAAGUUCUCAUCUUUUUUCAAGAGAGUAACCAUUUCGUUGGACCAGAGACUAUAUCCUGACAAUCAUAUCAUUAUGUGGGAGAAUGCUCGAUCGCCCGCCCCUCACGAGGGUUUUGAGGUGAAGAGGCAAGGGGAUAAAGAAUUUACUGUGAAUAUUCGGUUGGAAAUGAAGUACGAGCCUGAGAAAUUCAAGCUUUCACCAGCUUUGAUGGAAGUUCUUGGUAUUGAAGUUGAUACCCGCCCAAGAAUUAUAGCUGCAAUCUGGCAUUAUGUAAAGGCUAGGAAAUUGCAGAAUCCAGGUGACCCAUCUUUCUUUAAUUGCGAUCCACCUCUUCAAAGAGUUUUUGGGGAAGAAAGGAUGAAAUUCACUAUGGUUUCUCAGAAGAUAUCACAGCAUUUGUUCCCUCCACAACCUAUACAUCUGGAGCAUAAGAUCAAGCUUUUGGGGAAUACCCCUGCUGGAACUGCAUGUUAUGAUGUGUUGGUUGAUGUGCCCAUUCCUAUUCUGAGGGAAUUGUAUGCUCUUUUGGCCAACGCAGAGAAGAACAAAGAAGUUGACACCUGUGAUGAAGCAAUAUGUACUGCUAUAAGAAAAAUUCAUGAGCACCGUCGGAGACGGUCAUUCUUCCUUGGUUUCAGUCAAUCACCUGUGGAAUUCAUCGAUGCAUUAAUCGAAUCACAAAGCAGGGAUUUGAAGAUUGUAGCUGGAGAAGCAAGUCGUAGUGCCGAAAAAGAGCGCCAUUCAGAAUUCUUCAACCAACCAUGGGUUGAGGAUGCAGUUAUCCGGUAUUUGAAUCGCAAGCCAGUAGCAGGAAGCGACGUUCCUGGAAGCACAUGAGGAGGAGAUUGCAUAGUUGUUGACAGACCCUGUGUUUAUCAUUCUUUUUGCUCGACAGCCAAAGAUCGCUUUGACUUAUAUUACAGAAGUACCACAUAUAUAAUUUGCUCUAUUGUUGGUUGGAGCUUGCUUACGAAAAUAGACUAUUCUCCGUAGCUUGUUUUGCACUAAUUAUCCGUGUACCUGUGCUGCUGAUUAGGCUUGAUGAACAGAUAUAAAUUUAGAAAUAAUGCGUUACUUUUUGCUUUGGACUUUCA